GGCCGGCUCCGGGAGCCCCGCGGAGCCCCGCGCCGCGCCGAGGAGCCAGCGGCCACCCGAGGCUCGGCGCUCCCGGCCGCACCGCGGGCUCUGCUAUGAUCUGGCGGCGCUGGGAGCAGCAUGGGCAGCGUCAGCAGCCUCAUCUCCGGCCACAGCUUCCACAGCAAGCACUGCCGCGCCUCCCAGUACAAGCUCCGCAAGUCCUCGCACCUGAAGAAGCUCAACCGCUACUCGGACGGGCUGCUCCGCUUCGGCUUCUCGCAGGACUCCGGCCACAAGUCCGGCUCCAAGAGCAGCAAGAAUGAGGAUUUCUUUUACAUCAAGGUCAGCCAGAAGGCGCACGGCGCUCAGCGGCCGGACUACACCGCGCUGGGCGGCGGCGAGCUGGCCGUGCCCGCCGGGAGCGGCUCGCUGGACUUCGGGACGCCCACGCCGCAGAAGUUGAUGCCCUUCCCCAGCCAGCUGGAAGUGGGCGGGGAAAAGCCGCUGCCUCGUCCCACGGCCUUCAAGCCGGUGCUGCCGCGCUCCGGGGCCAUCCUGCACUCGUCCCCCGAGAGCGGGGGGCCUCUGGCCCAGCAGCUGCACCCCGCAGAGAAGGCCAAGGAGCAGGAGCUGCGGCCGCUGCCGUGCUCGGGGGGCCUGUCUGACUCCGGCCGCAACUCCAUGUCCAGCCUGCCCACGCACAGCACCAGCAGCAGCUACCAGCUGGAGCCGCUGGUCACCCCCAUGGGCCCCAUCAGCCGCUUCGGGGGCUCUGCCCACAACAUCCUGCAGUGUGCCAUCAUCCAGGACAGCAACAUGAUGAGCCUCAAGGCCAUGUCCUUCUCUGAUGGUGGCAACAAGAUCCUGAACCCCGGCAAGGCGCCCCAGCACCGCGCCGCCGCCGAGAAGAGCGCCUGCAUGCGCUCGCCCAUCGCCACGGAUGAAUCCACCAUCCAGGAGCUGGAGCAGAAGCUGCUGGAGAGGGAGGGCGAGCUGCAGGAGCUGCAGUCGAGCUUCGAGGAGAAGGAAAUCAGCUCCUGCCAGGCCUACGAGGAGAAACAGCGGCGCUGCAAGGAGGAGCUGGAGGGGCUGAAGCAGAAGUGCAACAGCAAACUCAAGCAAACCUCGCAGAAAACGCAGCGGACGCAGCAGGUGCUGCACCUGCAGGUGUUCCAGCUGCAGCAGGAGAAGCAGCAGCUGCGGGAGGAGCUGGAGAAACUCAUGAAGGAGCAGAACCUGCUGGAGACCAAGCUGAGGUCCUACGAGAAGGAGAAGACCAGCUUUGCCCCGGCGCUGGAGGAGACGCAGUGGGAGGUGUGCCAGAAAUCCGGCGAGAUCUCACUGCUGAAGCAGCAGCUGAAGGAGUCUCAGACCGAGCUCACCACCAAGACCACGGAGAUCCUGAGCCUGAAGGCGCAGCUGAAGGAGGUGAGGCUGAAGAUGGAGGGGCUGGAGAUGAAGAGCCAGGAGCUGGAGGUGUCGCUGCGCACCAAGGCCAUGGAGCUGGAGGUGUGCGAGAACGAGCUGCAGCGCAAGAAGAACGAGUCGGAGCUGCUGCGCGAGAAGGUGAACCUGCUGGAGCAGGAGAUCCUGGAGCUGCGCUCCGAGCUGGCCGUGCUGCGGGAGCAGCUCCAGGGGCUCCCCAGGCCGGGCGGGGACGAUGCCCAGGCCCUGCAGGGGCAGCUGGAGCGGCUGCGGGCCGAGCUGAAGGCAGAACGCGACAGCAACGAGCAGAUGAGCUGCAGCUUCCAGCACGAGCGGCAGACGUGGAAGGAGGAGAAGGAGAAGGUGAUCCACUACCAGAAGCAGCUGCAGCAGAGCUACCUGCACAUGUACAAGAGGAACCAGAGCCUGGAGAAGAUGCUGCAGCAGCUGGCGGCGGGCGAGGAUGGCAAGGAGCCCAUCGAGCUGGAGAUCCCCGGCGGCACCGACGUCCCCUACGAGGACAUCAUCGCCACCGAGAUCUGAGUCACCAGGGGAGCUGUCCCCUCCCCGUCGUGCAGUGUCCCCCUGUCCUUGCGCCGCCCGUCGUGUUCCAGAGGUGACCAAGCCACUCGUGCCAACGGUGACGUGCUCGCAGCUCCCCCAGCCUGGCACUGCCCCCUCUGCCCCCGGGCAGGGAUCAGGACUCCAGGGAAUUCUCUGCCAUCCGUGCCCAGCGCCCAGGGGAUGCUCUGCUCCAGGCUGGGGGGACACAGCCUGACCCUGCUCCAGGGAUGGCACAGCUCAA